AUUGGUAUAAAAUAAAGUAUACAGUACUUGGAUCAUUGUAAUUCAAAAAGCAUGGAAUAUUUUAUGCUUUUAUCUCUGACCAUUAUAUCAGGCACCCUUGCACAGAAUUGCGACAAUACUGGGAUUCUGCAUUGCAUGGAACAGUUCCCAAUUCAAGAAUUUGUGAAAAAGUUCAAUUCAACAACAGAUUUUGAGACAUUAAACAUUGAAAAUGCAGUGGAUAGGUUUUGUAGUAUGCAAAAUCAGUUAAUUAGAUGUAUGGAGGGCUACGCUGCCAAAUGUAAAAUUCCAAACACACUUACCAUGGAUACCUCGUUGUCUGCUGGAAACUUCUUGUGUUCUGAGGGAAAAAGAGGUUUCAUUGACAAUUUCCAAUGCAUGGUGAACAAAUUUCUAGUGAAUCAAAAUAUUAUUAUGUAUUGUACGGACGUCAUUCCACAACUUAUCGACAACAAAGAUGACAAAACUGGUUCUGAUGCUUCAAAUGAAAAAUGCAGAGUUUUAGAGAAAAUGAUGGCUUGUAUGGAUGACAAAACCAAAGACCUGUGUGGUGGCGAAGCAGUAAAGUUUGUUCACUCUUAUUUAGAAGCCACCACCAAACCAUUAAUGAAAGGUGUAACAUGUAACAAUGGUCAAACGACAAUCAUUCAGUGGUGGACAUUUGUCAUAAUGUUUGUUACUUUUUCAAUUUAUUUCUUUGAUAUUAUACAUGUUUUAUGACAUGAAUAAAUAUUCAACAUUA